ACAGUAUGGUAAGCUCAGAAGCUGUGCCCCACGGUGGACAGUGCUCUUUGGAGGUCACACGGCACCCCCCAGAGGUCAGACAGUGCAGUUUGGAGGUCACACAGCACCCCCCAGAGGUCAGACAGUGCAGUUUGGAGGUCACACGGCACCCCCCGGAGGUCAGACAGUGCCCUUUGGAGGUCACACGGCACCCCCCGGAGGUCAGACAGUGCCCUUUGGAGGUCACACGGCACCCCCCAGAGGUCAGACAGUGCAGUUUGGAGGUCACACGGCACCCCUCAGAGGUCAGACAGUGCCCUUUGAAGGUCACACGGCACCCCCCGGAGGUCAGACAGUGCCCUUUGGAGGUCACACGGCACCCCCCGGAGGUCAGACAGUGCCCUUUGGAGGUCACACGGCACCCCCCAGAGGUCAGACAGUGCAGUUUGGAGGUCACACGGCACCCCCCGGAGGUCAGACAGUGCAGUUUGGAGGUCACACGGCACCCCUCAGAGGUCAGACAGUGCCCUUUGGAGGUCACACGGCACCCCCCAGAGGUCAGACAGUGCCCUUUGAAGGUCACACGGCACCCCCCGGAGGUCAGACAGUGCACUUUGGAGGUCACACAGCACCCCCCGGAGGUCAGACAGUGCCCUUUGGAGGUCACACAGCACCCCCCGGAGGUCAGACAGUGCAGUUUGGAGGUCACACGGCACCCCUCAGAGGUCAGACAGUGCCCUUUGGAGGUCACACAGCACCCCCCGGAGGUCAGACAGUGCCCUUUGGAGGUCACACGGCACCCCCCGGAGGUCAGACAGUGCCCUUUGGAGGUCACACGGCACCCCCCGGAGGUCAGACAGUGCACUUUGGAGGUCACACAGCACCCCCCAGAGGUCAGACAGUGCAGUUUGGAGGUCACACGGCACCCCUCAGAGGUCAGACAGUGCCCUUUGGAGGUCACACAGCACCCCCCAGAGGUCAGACAGUGCCCUGCAGAGUUUACAUGGCUCUGCACAGUUGUGCUUCACUCUGUCCUGUUUACCAACUUUUUUUUCCCAACCCCCUUCUACCAACGGAGUGUCGGAUGUGGUUUUUCUGUUUCUCCUACCUCCUUGGGUUGUCCAGGCGUUUCCGGAACCCCCCCCCCCCCCCCAGGAAACUUGAAACCAACCUCUGGACAGCACGUGCUGUGCCCGCCCCCCCGAGCUGGCCUCCAAUCCCCAUUUCCCAGCCGUUUCACGCAUGAGUCAGACAGACACUCCGUCCCUCCCUGUUUCCACUGGGGGGCUCUGCCCACCUUGUGGUACAGAGGAUGCGUCAGCCCUGGAAAUAACAAUGGGGGGGGUGCUUCCUGAGAGACAGGAAGCCACUCGAUUCCCAAGCUUGGGGGGGGGGGGGGGGGCGUGGUCUCAGCGGGAACACCCCCAUAAGCGCAGCAGUACUGCCUGUUUGCGCUUGGCCUCCUGGGUAUGAGCUGUUUAUGUCGGGCUUUUCAGAGUCUUUGAGGGGGGAGUUGAUGUCAGGCAAGGUUGACCGUAGCAGUAAGUAAGCAGGGGUGACUUACCCUCACUGUCUUGGUGUGUGCGGACAGGUGGUGGUCGAUACGGCACAG